UGGUUGCAAGACGACUUUCUGGGGUUUUUCAAGGAGUGGGAAGCAGAGGUAAACAGACUUGAAGGCGUUGAAGAAAGUAUUAAGAAGAAAAUGUUGCUGAGUACAGAGACUACUGAAGGGCUUAAAAUAACAGUCAAUUCAUUUGUUGAGCUCACAAAAAACCUGCUAGACCUGCCGGGUGUUGAGUGUGUACUUAGUGCUAAGUUCAACCAGGAUCCAUUAGAACAGUAUUUUAGCAAACAAAGAGGAGCUGGCGCAACCAACACCAAUCCAACUACAUUGCAGUUUAGCCACAACGUGCAUUCUCUGUAUGUAGCUUCCCAUUGUGCAAAGGCAUCGAAGAAGG